AGCAUAUCUUUUACAAUGACCCGUGAGGCGCUGCCUUCUCUUCGGCCUCAAGAUUCGGCUCAAGGUAUGAGACUCGGCAUGGAUGACUCUCGUCGGAGAGGACGGCCCUCUCUUAGUCUACAGCUGGAGCCCGCGGCGGCGGACACGCAUCCUACUCUUCGCGCAGCCUAUGCCUUUCUCUACAACGAGUUGCACCAGUUCCAGGACUCCAUGGAGGACCUCAAGCGCCAGUCCCGCCGCGAGCAUGAGGAUCUUCGGCGCGAGGUCAGGGACCUGACGCUCCAGACCCAAGACGUUCUUCGCGAAAUUCAAGAGUUAAAGCAGGUGAUUAAUGCUUCGACGAACUUGAUGGUAAUGAGCUAUGACUCCCGUUUCUAUGGGCCUCGCUCCAUACCAAGUCCGUAUUCCUCAAGUCCCAUCACCCCGCAGGCAAUGGAUUGGGUUUUCUUCUCAACGGCUCAUAACAACACUCCACCCCAAUCAGGGCAGCUGUGA